AGACUACAUGACCCUCUGCAUCGUAUUGCUGGAAAGUACGGUGGUGUCAAAUAAAAGACAGUAUCUGUUUGUUGAAGUUGUUGUCGAUUCAAAAAACUGUACCAACAAUGCCACCCGUUGGCAGACACAGCAAGACAUCGUGUUCGAGAUUUUGCAAAAACACACAGAACUUGGUUUAUCCAUGUCGGGGAGAUACUGUGGUUGUAAAAUUUCAAAUUUGAAACAGGUUAAUUGUACAACUGGAAGUAACAAUACCAUGAAGGCUGUUGAAAUGCUUAUGUAUGACAGUAAAACUGGGUCAAUCAAUGCCAAUAAUAGCACAGUGUUGAGUUUAGAAAAGGAGCUGAAAAACGUAACGACUGGCAUGAUAGCAAGUAUAAAGGCUACAAUUCAGCCAUUCUAUAUCUGCUCAAAUUUGGAAAUCAUUAAUGACACUGAUACGAGAUACACAUCAUGCAUUGCCAAUUCACAUAGACUUUUUACCAACACCGUAAAUCAACCCAAUAAAUCACAGACGGACUCCGGGCCAAGUAUUGGUACCAUUGUUGGAGCAGCUGUUGGUGCUUUUUCUGCCCUCGGGCUAAUUGCAGCGUCAGCAUGGUAUGUCGUUAGACAUUUGAAGAAUAACCAAAUUGAGGAUGAGGGGUCUAGCAGUGACAUUAAUCCUAUAGUUAGUGGCUUGCCUGAUUUAGGAGUGGCGACAAAUUCAGUGGCACCGGCAGGAACCUGUUGAUCCCAAGUGGUAUACAAAAUCCAAAAUAAUAGAAAAACAUUAUUUUUUAUGUUCUUGAUUCUUAACCUUCUGUUGUUGUUGUUGUUGUUUGUUACCUUUCAAAAAGAAAAAUAGAUAACACAUCAGUUUGUUUACGAGAUGUCGGUGAAAAAAUAAUAAUUUGAUUUCAGUAGGAAUGUUUUUAGAAGGAAGCAAUCAAUUACUUUAAAGCCUGACGUUUUACAGUACAAUGACGUUUGAAAAAAAUAAAUGUCAAAAUUAAGACCACACGUGAGCCUUUGGUCGUCACAGUAUUCUCUAAAGGAUUUGAAAAAUCUCUGUUUAUUUUUGUUAUUGUAAUACAUGUACCUUUUGAAAUUCCACGUGAAACUUAAAAAAGAAACAAAGCGUGUUUCUUGUUCUCUUUUACUGUUAUGUUUUUGAAAGUUAAUAUUGCUUUUUCCACCAAGAUUUGUUUCCUUUUAUCAUACUUAAUAUUAAAGUGUAGAAAGCUAUAUAUUUGCCGUCUCUGAAUGAUAAAUUGAGAUAAAAUGUAAACAGCAUACUUAAAAUGAGAGAAAAGUGUCAGCAUAUUUUAUUGAAAUCGAGUGGGGCAUUAUGCAAAAAUAACACCAAAGCUUUUAAAAAUAGCAGCGCAUUUUUGCGACAAAUUAUUCUAUUCACGUACGUUAUCUAUAUUAAAUAACUUAGACAGUCUAUGUUACUCAUUUCUUUAGAAACAACCUAAAUAUUAGAAAACAAUUUAUCUUUUCGGUUUUUUUUAUUUUCUUAUUUAGAACAUUUCAUAUGAUAA